AUGACAACGCUCCUUUGUUUUACCAAAAAUUUGUCGAAUGAUCACUUGCCCUCUGCGAACACUUGUGUCUCUCGUCUCUACAUGCCGCACUACACGUCGAAAAACACUAUGUACCUCAAGCUACGCAAUGCCAAAUUAAAGUUUACGAUGUUCCGUUCGAUCGUGGAGUUCUUCAAAUGGUUCUGUUGUCGAAAGAAGCUGCAAGAUGGAUCCGAUAUUGAACGAGCGAGAGGUCAUGACUUUGAUAACCCACGUCAUUGUGAGGGCGGCCAUGGAACCUGCACUGCUGACAAGCAAAUCGUUGGGACGGUGACCUAUCCGUGGUGUAAAAGUCAUGCCGAGGAACACCAAAAGGAACACCGGGAGAAGGUUGAAAAACUUCCCAAAGAGUGUAUCGUGAUAUACACUGAUGGGGCAUGUCGAAGACAUGCUUCGUAUCGGUUUCCACUGGCCGCCAAUGAUUCGCAUAUGCACAUUCUCUACCCGGUUAAAGAUCUCGGCUUCUUCUCGAAAAUGUUGAUCUUCAAGCCAGGAAAAGUCUUCCGUGAAACGUCUCGGGUUAUACAGGAACUUGAGGAGAAAGCCGAACUCCAGCAAAAACGCGUGCCCCAUUUUCAGUGCAAGUUUGUGAUAUUUUCAGUAUUUCAUCCUUUUUUUUGUAAAUUCUCUUAUUUUUGGUCGAAAUUU